AUUCCAAGUCUCUGUUAAGAUACUACUGUAUAAGCGAAGCUCGCUCACACACACACUGUGGACUAGGGAAGAGAGACGCUAUGCUUGAAUCCUCCUCAAUCAUGUUUAGUGACCAAGAUUUAAGAGCUGAAAUUUUAUCUUCCAUUCUUGGACAGGUGGUUAAACUCUAUGACAACCAAACACCAAAUGUUUUGUCUGUCAAUGAAUCUAUCGGCGGACGAAUCUCGGUGAAACAACAGGUUAAGAAGGAAUUGUUCAGUGAUGAGAAAUAUUUUGACCCGCAGUAUGACCGCGACUUCACUCAUCUCUCUGACUCGGCGGAGUGCAUGAGAGGUGACAAGCCAUAUAAGCGCCCCAAUGGUUGGUACCGCAUGGCGUUAAAGGUCCUAGGCAAAUAUCCAAAUGGAGACACCUGGCUGGGCACAAAAGAAUUGAGGAGUCACUCUGUACCUGGAGAAUGGCCUGUUUCCUACCAUGGGACGAGCUCAGAUGGAGCCAGAGGCAUCAUCAACAGUCAAUACAAGGCUGGAGAUAGAGCUUUAUAUGGAAGAGGAAUCUACUCAACACCAGACAUACGUGUUGCUGAGAAUGAGCUGUACGCCAAGAACUUCCAAUCAAAGAAGACGGGGAAAAGCUACAAAGUGAUCCUGCAAAAUCGAAUCAAUCCUGAAAGAAGAGAGGUAUGCCGAAGAUCUGACUACUGGCUGAUUCCUGUUGGUGAAGGAACGCCUGCCUGGAAGGAGGAAUGGAUAGCCGAGAGAGCUAUUCGACCCUACGGCAUUCUGAUUCAGGAGAUGAAGGACGACGACGAGGACAGUAGCGACAAUGGAGAUGACGGAGGCGACUGUAACGACGACGGAGACGACGACGGAGACGACGAUGACGAUGGUGGAGAUGAACACGCCGGCAGUGAUGAUGGUAUACUUGGCAAAGUGUAUUCCUUAUUUUCUUCAGUUCUAAAUAUCUUUGGCUAGAGACGUUGAAUAUUUCUAGUUGACUGGUUCUCAAGGGGCUUUCAACAGCUUUGUUCAAGGCUAUUUUCGUAACUUUGACUGUUAUCAUUUUGUCAGCGCAAUUUUACAUUUGCUUGACUUUUAUUGUAACCUAUUGAAUAUUGGUUAAAGCUGAUCAACCACAGGGACAAAAAUCUCUACUUUAGUAACAACAAAUUAAACCUAAUUUCAAUGUUUACUUAAUUUGUUUCUACUUUGAUGGAGAAAAGCUGAUUUUAAAACAGUGUUUAGGUGCCUUAACAACUGUCGGUAAUAAUUAUAAACUUUUUGCAAAAUCUUGUUUAAUCAAAUUAAUAUCUGAUGAGUUUAUGUUUCUAAGUGUCAGCUGCUUUGAACUGUAUUGGAAAUAUAACUAUUUUACACAGUAGACGUAAUAGAGAAAUGUAGUUAUUAUUGACCUUGUUGAUUAUAGAGUAGUGAUUGUCUGUGUCUUAUUAUUAAAAGUUACAUUACCAUCUGA